GUAUUUACUGCGAAGCCGGCUUAGAUUCUGUGUUUUAUUGACCUGAAGGGCAGCAAUUUAUCUUUCUAAGCAUUGUCUUUUUCAAAAUGGAAAGUGACAAUAACUGUUUGCCGGGGGAUUCGACAUUUUAUAUCCUUUCAAGAUGUACAAGAAACUAUAUAUAUGAAUUUAAUACUGAUACAAAGCAGUUUACUAUAUGCCCCCGUCGCCCUCCUCUAUCUCGAUGUGCGAUAACAAAGUAUAAGAAUUUCCUCCAUGUUAUUACUGGUAAACGUGAUGAAAAAGUGGUUGAUGUUGGUUUGCUGUAUGACAUCAAUAAAAAGUCAUGGACUGAAUACCAUUGUCCAGUUGGUAAGGCACAAUCUGAAGUUUGUACUGUGGGUGAUCGAAUGUAUCUUGUCGGAGGCGUGAAUAAAAACGGAGAUGUGCAGAGAUCGUGCUCCUUCUACGAUUACACAACUGAUCGAUGGACCGAUUUACCUGAUAUGGAGGAGCCCAGAGGUCAACCGGCUGUGGCCUAUUAUAAUUCCUCAAUUUAUGUAAUGGGCGGUUUCACAUACCCCAGUAAUCGCAAAGUUGAACGAUUUGAUCCCAGAGAGGGAAAAUGGUCGCUUGCUGGUGGGGUGGACAUAUUUGGCGUCUUAAGUUCCGCUGUAGUAGGAGAUACUAUUCACAUUAUGAAUACUUAUGUACGAAAAUAUUGUAAAUAUGACCCUCGAACGUUAGAGUGCACGCCUUCCUCACAAUCACGAUUUGAAGGAAAACAAUGGCUUGGGAGUAUGCAUAAUAAAUUGCAUGUGAUCCACUAUGGCGGCAUUGAUGUUUAUGACGAAGAAUCUGAAAAUUGGACAAAUAUUUUAAAUCAUGGAAAGCGACAAUAACUAUUCGCUGGGAGAUUCAACAUUUUAUAUUCUUUCAAGAUGUACAAGAAACUAUGUAUAUGAAUUCAAUACUGAUACAAAGGACUUUGCUGAAUUACCGUCACGCCCUCCACUAUCUAGAUGUGCCAUAACAAAGUACAAAAACUUCCUUCAUGUGAUAACUGGUGAACGUGAUGAAAAAGUAGUAAAUGUUGGUUUAGUGUAUGAUAUCAAUAAAAAAUCAUGGACAGAAUACCAUUGCCCAGUUGGGAAGGCACAAUCUGAAGUUUGUACUGUGGGUGAUCGAAUGUAUCUGUUUGGAGGUAUGAAAGAUGACGGAUACGUGCAGAAAUCGUGCUCUCUCUAUGACUACGCAACUGAUCGAUGGACCGAUUUACCUGAUAUGGAGGAGUCCAGAGGUCACCCAGCUGUAGCCUAUUAUAAUUCCUCAAUUUACGUUAUGGGCGGAUUUUCAAUUGCAAGAAAUUGCAAAGUUGAACGAUUUGAUCCCAGGGAAGGUGAAUGGUCGGUUGCUGGAAGGGUGAAUAUAUUUGGUGUGUUAAGUUCCGCUGUAGUAGGAGAUACUAUUCACAUUAUGAAUAGUUAUACGGGAAAAUAUUGUCAAUACGACCCACGAACGUUAGAGUGUACGCCAUUUUCAGAAUCACGAUUUGAAGGAAAACAAUGGCUUGGGAGUAUGCAUAAUAAAUUGCAUGUGAUCCAUUAUGGCGGCAUUGAUGUUUAUGACGAGCCAACUAAUUAUUGGACAAAUAUUUUAAGUCGCAGGUUUGUAAAGUGCCCUUUUAUUAUUUGUUAGUAGUAAAAAGAAGAAAAGUGAUUAUUUGUUUGUUGAAAAUCUAAUAAAUGUAUUUGUAUAUAUACAUUUUCUAUAGUUUCAA